UGAAGGUAAAAGGUCAUUCUGUAUAACGUGUCAGCAGGCUGUCACCCACACCGGUGUCACUCCACUCGCCGGCUGUUGCUGUUUCACGCAACAUCGGUCACCUAACUGAUCUCGACGUUAUCUCAGAAAAAUGGCCAAAAAGCGGAGAGAAAGACGAGAGACCGACGGGUUGUCCUCGACGCAAGAGGAGGUGAAGGCGAGUGCUAGCGACUCUCAAGCGCUGAAAGAGGCUCAACGUACUGCAGGAGGCUCGGCACGCAUGUCUCUGCUGAUUCUGGUGUCUAUCUUCACCUGCGCUGCCUCAGCCAUGUACCUGGUCUACAGGAACUUCCCAGAGCUUCCUGAUGAUGAAAUGGAGAAAAUCAAGAUCCCUAAAGACAUGGAUGAUGCCAAAGCUUUGGGAACUGUGCUGUCUAAAUACAAAGACACAUACUACACCCAAGUGUUGGUGGCCUACUUUGCAACAUAUGUUUUCCUCCAGACAUUUGCCAUCCCUGGAUCUAUCUUCCUCAGCAUCCUGUCUGGUUAUCUGUACCCUUUUCCCUUGGCUCUUUUCUUAGUCUGCUUGUGCUCUGGCCUGGGUGCUUCCUUUUGCUAUAUGCUGUCAUAUUUGGUGGGCAGACCCAUGGUCUACAAAUAUCUUUCAGAGAGAGCACAGAAGUGGUCCCAGCAGGUUGACAAACAUAGAGAUCAUUUAAUCAAUUACAUAAUCUUCCUGAGGAUAACCCCCUUUCUUCCCAACUGGUUCAUCAACAUCACCUCACCUGUCAUCAAUGUGCCUUUGGGGGUUUUCUUCAUCGGUACCUUCCUGGGAGUGGCACCGCCUUCCUUUGUAGCGAUCAACGCAGGCACAACACUGUACAAACUGACCACAGCAGGCGAAGCAGUUUCCUGGAACUCUCUGGCUGUUCUCGGUGUACUUGCCGUGCUCUCGAUCUUGCCUGUCUGCUUCCAGAGAAAGCUGCAGAAGAAACUAGAGUAGAAGGCUAAAACAGUGCAGCACCUCAUCUGCAGGCUAAUCCCAACAUCCCCGCCCUUUGGCUCAGGAAUGUGCAGCUGUCACUCAAGUUGCUCUGCCUCAGUCUCAUAGACAGCUGUUGGUGUGCUGCUGGUGGGAGAAUCUGUGACCGCUGACACAAAAAGCAACUCACUGACAACAAAACGCAUGCAGUGGUGGGUUGUUCCUGAAGUAAAAUAUAACCAAGCGGCUGGUGGCCUGCCCAAGUUUUUUGGUUUCUGUGAAUUUUGUUGUUUCUUGUGGCACAUCAUGUAAAUAUGAGAAAUUAGCCUUUUGUUUUUAUUUAACUCACUGUUGAUUAUUGUUUCAUUUUCGCCAGGAAAUUAAAGGUGCUACUUCUAGGAUGUUGAAGUAAAACAAUUUAAUACUCCGAUUUAAGAAAAAAUACAGGUACCAUAUAUGGACAAAGAUGUUUUCCUGUAUGAAACUCCAUACAGUUAUUACUGGAAUAACUUUUACUAUUGCAUUCUCUUAGCAUAUCAAUUAUUGAAUCCUAUUAGUAGCACCUUUUAAAUUCCUCUCGCUUUUUAAUAUUUAUUUUAACAUUCUUGUGUCUUGUCUAAUUUCAACCCUUAUGAAGUGUACCACCACAUCAAUAACUGUCACACUACUGGUUGAAAGUAGAUCUUGCUUUCAAGAUACCUGGUGCUUGUCUUGGCUAAAAUGUGCAGUAUGAGGAAAGAAUGAAAGUGUCGGGAAGAAAAAUGUUAUGACUGAGCUUAGUAAGUCCUACUUUUGUUGACAUGUGGAUGAGUUCCCUUGUUCUACCUUGAAAGGUUCCUGCAUUCACUGCCCCACAAUUGACCCUUUUAUAUUUUCCCAUUUCUGUUCUUAUCAGUUACCCAAAGCAGCUUUUUGCACUGUAACUUCCAAGGAACAGACUAAGCUGAUGUCAUCACAACACAGCUGAUUAUGUGUGGCCAACAUGCAGCCCAAAAAAGAUAAUGAAAAGCCAAAUAGAGUCAUCUUGGCUUAUACAUUUGAAAAAUCCAGGAUGAGAUGUGUUCUCGAGUUGCACGUCUUGGUGUGUACACAGAUUGUAUGUGUCCAUCUCUGUACCAGGACCAUUUCCAUUAUAGAACUGGAGUUACCAUGGAUGGAUGGGUAACGGUGCCCUCAAUAAGACUGCCAAUGGACUGAAGUAUCCAAGCCUUACCUUUCUUUUUACUCCUUCCAUUUUUCACCAGAUGUAUUAUGAUGCAUAUUUUGUGUCCUUUAAAUUGGUUUACGUGGCUGAUUAUGUCCUGUGCUAUAAAAGCUUAAUAAUUGUUUUCAUUUAGUGUUGUUGAUAGAUUUUUUUUUUUUAAAUUGCCUGUGUACCAAGGUAACAUAUUGCUGCUGUUUAAAAACUUUCUGGACGCGCUCCAGAGACGUUGAUGCAGUGAAUGUAUGCACAGACAACUUAUCCAGCAGACCUUUCUUUAAUUUCUCAAAACUACACACUUAGAGAGGGAGUCGGUUUUGUGCAUAUUGAGAUUUCCUGUUCUUACUUUAACGUCUUAUUCAACACAUUUACUGGGUACUGCUGCAAGAUAAUUAACUUUUGAAACCCGGAUUUGAAUUGACUUCACAAGUUACACGUUUUCUGGGAGAUUUGAGUAGUUUUACUGUAUUAGAAUUUUCUGCUGUCGUACUUCAUGUAGCAGGGAAUAACGCUACUUCGGUCAAAUGUUUUAUGGUUUUUACUCAUUUAUGAGGGAGCUGCAUUUGUACACCUGAUGUUUUGGAAAAUUUACCUUCACUAAGGUAUAUAAACUGAUCCUCAAAAUAUAUUUUAUGUUUUAAUAUUUAAAUAAAAGCUAGAUUCACUGCUUUGAAGUUCUGCAUAAUGCUAAACAUGCCAAGGUGAUAGAUUUUAAUUGAUUUUUUUCCUCUGUUUGCUAAAAUGUUGUAGGCUGAACCUCUUAUAAACCUCAUGCUAAACAUAUACUCAAAUUGGAUAUAUAGAUGCAGUUUUUUUCCACUUUUGUCCAUUCUGUCAAAGAUAUGAGAUAAAUCUUGUGUAAUCCUCUGUUAACAUUUCAAAAAGCAGUAUUAUUUUGUACUAAGCAGCGAUGUAUUGCAGUAUGAAGUGUUUACAGAUUGCACAUUUCUGUCCUGUCUAAUCAAAUUUAUGGGGUUUUAUAUUUAUUGAAUCAUUAAAAUUAUCUUUACA